UGGCGGAUGUUAGCGCGACUGUUUGAGUUUGUGUUCUAGACCUCAAAUUAACGGUAGUUUUUAUACAAGAGGAUGUUGCGUUACUAUCAGAAGGCGUUAAAAGGGUUACAAACAAGCAGAGGCGGACACGAGGCUGCAGGAAAGGUCGAACAACUGAACCUGCUCCACAGCGAACAAGUCCAGAAUGGUGAACAUUCGGUUAGCGAUGGAGGAUCGCGGAAGCAUCCUAAACAUAAGCGGAAAGGAGAAAAGGAGCGGCGGGAAAUGAGGAAAACAGAGGAAUUGGAAACUGUGCACCAUUUGACGACUUUCAUUGAGGCUGCAACCCUUGAAUAUAGUGAACAGCUAAGAUAUAAUCAAAAUGAAAUCAACGGGAAAGCGAAGAAAGCAAAGAAAAGGCAUAUAAGCGUUGGUGACGAAGUAGCCAACACAAAUGGUGAUAAUAGCUGCGAAACUCAGGCACAGAAACGAAGAAGUGGAAAGAGAAGAAGAAAAAAGAAAAAGAAAUUAAGAAGAGGGCACACCUCAGGAUUUUCAGAGGGUACAGUCAAAAAACGUAAGAAGCAUAGCGACUCAGAGAUUGUUUCAGAUACAGAGAAGAGGAAAAAGAAGAAGAAAUUAAGAAUAGGCCACCAGUCAGAAUUUUCCGAGGGUACAAAUACAAACAAACGCAAAGCAGAAAGCUCAAAACAGGAUGUAAGUUCUGAAGGAGAGUCUUCCCAAUCAAAUGCUCUUUCCACAGACAGCCCUGGAGAGGUAUGUCAACAACCUAAUCACAAAAAGAGGAAGAGAGACAAAAGGAAAGAGGAUAUGUCUGAGAACAGAACUGUGCAUGAGAGUGUUGUAAAUGGUCAUGAUCACAAAACUAGAGUUAUAGAGAGGAUGGCUGUUGAGCUUAACAUUGAUAAGGCAAAGGUAGUGGAAGCUAUAAAGGAUUCUGAUGAAAUUCAAAAAACAUUGAAUAUUUCUAAAAAACGAAGAACUAAAUUAAGGGAAGAAGGAAUAACCUUUAGAAAAGGAAAAUGGUCCAGUCAGGAGUUGAAGUUGUUAAGACAUAAUAUGGCUCAAUUUCUGGAGUGUCAUGAUAUCUCAGAUCCUACCAAGCUCCUCUUUGCUUCACGUCACUUGGAUUCAGAUGAAAUGUCUUAUUGGACUCGCUUUGUCCGCGAAACUCAAUUUUACAAAGAGCUUGGUAAAGGUAUCCAAAGGCCAGUAAUUGCUAUCUACCAAUGUGCAAGGAGGAUUUAUGAUGAAAAGAAUUAUGUUGGAAAAAGAAAAUAGAGGAACUUGGACAGAGGAGGAGGUUCAACGUUUGAAUGAAGCUGUCCAUUAUAUUACGAAUACUUCCGAAGGAGAGGCAGUUUAUCAUGACAUUUAUUGGCCGGCUGUGUCGCAGAUGGUCAAAACAAGGGGUCCUGAUAAGUGUAGACAAAAAUGGUUGGACAAGCUCUGCUGGAGUAUGAAUGACAAGAAGGUCCAGAGAUGGAGGAGAAGUGAUGACAUCAAACUUGUAACAAGCCUGUACGAGUCUGGAUGCGUGGAAGAGUUUGAUGUGGAUUGGAUGGACAUUCAGUCCGCGUUUGAAACACAUUGUGGAUUAUCUCUACCGGCUCUUUGUAAGUGCCGAAGAAGAAGCCGAAGGACAGCGGGAUAACGGAUUGUCUAGCGACGAGACGGAGUAGAACACACCUGUGUUUGCCUU